UUCUUAGAAAAGCAACUUCACGUAAUAAACCCUUAUAUAUUGGCUCCAAAGUUCUACCUUUUCAAGUCUGAAACCACUUCCUCAAGAUGGGUCUGCAAGUGCAAUCUUCAGCUCUCUUGAUGUUGGUGUUGGUGCUGUUCUUGAUCAGAAUAGAGGGAAACCCAAUACCAAAAGAAGUGCAUGAAAAUGGCAUUGAGCCCACAUCAUUGAUGGAGAAUGAUGCUAACCAAAUCACUGGAUGUGCUGGAAGACCAUUGAUGUGUAGCAGAGGAGAGCUUUUUCCGAGGUUUUUGUGCUGUAAUGACCGUUGUGUGGAUGUGACUUCAGACAACGAUAACUGUGGGGUAUGUAAUUUUAGGUGCCCCUUCAAUCGUCAAUGUUGCGGCCGUUUCUGCGUAAACACAUUAAUCAACAUUUACAACUGUGGGGCGUGUGGAAAUGUAUGCCCUAUUGGAAGGUUAUGCAUAUUUGGAGUAUGUGCCUUUUCACGAGCACUGCCAUUUCCAGCGCCACCAUUACCGCUUCUAGUACCACCAACUCCAGUUCUAGUACCUCCAACACCGGUGCCAUUACCGGUGCCACCAACACCGGUGCCAGUGCCAAUGUCACCGUCACCGACACCGGUGCCGAUGCCAGUGUCACCGUCACCACCACCAGUAUCAGUGUCACCAUCACCAGUGCCAGUGUCACCGUCACCAUCACCAGUAUCGGUGUCACCAUCACCAGUAUCGGUGUCACCAUCACCAGUCCCAGUUUCACCAUCUCCAGGACCAGUGUCACCAUCAGCAUCACCAAAACCAGUGUCACCACCACCAUCACCAGUGACGGUUACACCAUCACCAUCACCGGUGGCAGUGCCAGUUUUCCCAUCUCUAGGGCCAGAGAUACCUACAAUGGAUUAACUGUUGUAAUUGAUUGUAAAUGGGGUCUCAUGGUUACCCCUUUCUAUAGUUGGAAGUUUGUAUCCUUGUUAUUUAAAAUAAGCAUUUGAGGUUUUCAUCUGCAA